GGCCGGCGCCGCCUCGCACAAAGCCUUGCGCCCGGGAGCAGGCGGAGCUACCGGCAUCACCUCCCCGGUACCGGCAGCGCCGCGCCGGGCGGCCGUGAUGUGAGCGGGUGAUGGCCGCGGGGCAUGGCCGCCGGGCAGCGGCGGGGCGGGCGGCGGCGGGCGCUGAGCGCCGCCGGUGAAAAUGGAGCCGCAUCCGCCGGCGGCCGUGCCCGAGCCCCCGUUCCCCCGGGGGCCGUGGCGGGACGGGCCGAGCCCGGAGCUGGAGCUAGAGCUAGAACCGGAGCCGGGCCUCUGGGCACCUGAGGCCGCCGAGCCCGCCCUGGGGCCGCAGCCGUGGUCCCCGCCGGAGCCGGGGGGCUGCCUCGACGAGCCCCCGGCCCGGACCGAGGAGGAGCCGCGCCUCCGUCCCGUAUUCGACGCCUUGGACUGCGAUGGCGACGGCUUCGUGCGGGUGGAGGAGUUCGUCCAAUUCGCCACGGCCUACGGUGCCGAGCAGGUAAAGGACCUAACAAAGUACCUUGAUCCGAGCGGACUUGGAGUCAUCAGCUUCGAAGAUUUCCAUCGGGGGAUCCGAGCCAUCAAAAAUGGAGAUCCUGACAGCCAGUUGUAUGAUAUGGGAUACACCCCUGAGGAGGAAGCCCCGGCCUGUCCUGAUGAGUUUGAUGACUUCGUCACGUUUGAGGCAAAUGAGGUGACUGACAGUGCUUACAUGGGCUCAGAGAGCACGUACAGCGAGUGCGAGACCUUCACGGAUGAGGACACCAGCACACUUGUACAUCACGAGAUGCACGAUGAAGUAGAAACAGACAGUGCCAUCGACUCCACCGUGCACUCAGAGUUCACAGAUCCCAUCGAGGAGCCAGAGCAUGGAUCCCAUCCACACGACCUGCCCCUGGGCUCAGACCUCAGCCACUCCAUUGUUACUGUCAUCAGUGGAGAGGAGCAUUUUGAGGAUUACGGAGAAGGGAAUGAAGCAGAUCUGUUCUCGGACAGCUUGUGUAAUGGGGAAAGCAGUUUUAAUAGCUCCUCGUUCCUCUCUCCCAGCACCCAUCCGCUUGCUGCGAAACUGCACAGCAUUAUCGCAGAUGAAGCAUUUGAGUUUUACUGUAGCCAGUGCCACAAACAAAUCAACCGCCUUGAGGAUCUUUCUGCUCGCCUGAAUGAUCUUGAAAUGAAUAGCCCCAAUAAAAGACUCUCAAGCAAGAAGGUGGCAAGACAGUUGCAUCAGACGAGCACGUCGGCCGGGGGGGUGAUGGAGGACUCCUACCGGGACACCCUGGAGUGUACAGAAGAGGACAUCACAGACAAGGUGGUGUUCCUGGAGAAGCGGGUGACGGAGCUGGAGAAGGACACAGCUGCUAAUGGUGAGCAGCACAGCCGCCUCAAGCAGGAAAACCUGCAGCUCGUACACAGAGCAAAUGCUCUUGAGGAACAGCUGAAGGAGCAGGAGCUGAGAGCUGACCAAACACUGCUGGAGGAGAUCAAGAAGCAAAGGGAGCUGCUGAGCAAAAUGGAGAGGGAGAAGAGCAUUGAGAUUGAGAACCUGCAGGCCAGGCUGCAGCAACUGGAUGAUGAGAACAGUGAGCUGAGAUCCUGUGUCCCGUGUUUAAAAGCCAGCAUUGAACGACUUGAGGAGGAGAAGCAGAAGCUGCUGGAUGAGAUCGAAGACCUCACAGUGCAGCUCACAGAGGAACAGGAGAAAAAGAGGAAGAUGGGGGACAAGCUGAGUCAGGAGAGGCACCAGUUUCAGAAGGAGAAGGAGUCGACACAGGAGCUCAUUGAGGACCUCCGGAAGCAGCUCGAGCACUUGCAGCUCUUCAAACUGGAAGCUGAGCAGCGGAGGGGCAGGAGCAGCAGCAUGGGGCUCCAGGAGUACAACAGCAGGACACGGGAGACGGAGCUGGAGCAAGAGAUCAAGCAGCUCAAGCAGGAUAACAGGAACCUGAAGGAGCAGAAUGAUGAACUGAAUGGGCAGAUCAUUAACUUGAGCAUCCAGGGAGCCAAGAACCUCUUCUCAGCCUCCUUCUCUGAAUCCCUGGCAGCAGAGAUCAGCUCAGUCUCCAGAGACGAGCUCAUGGAAGCAAUUCAAAAGCAAGAGGAGAUCAAUUUCCGGCUGCAGGACUACAUUGACAGAAUCAUCGUGGCCAUCAUGGAGACAAACCCUUCCAUCCUGGAGGUGAAGUAAGGGCGGCCGAGAGCUGCCGGCUGCCCACUCAGCGAGGGGUGUGCAUUUGCUGCUCUGAGAGGAUAAAGAGGGACUGGGAACGUCUUUGCUCUUGAUGAAGGCUCAAGGAAGCAUCGCAUCAGGUCGUCAGGUGAAUUAGCCGGCAGAGCAGGGAUAAGAAAGACCAGCAGCAAGGCUUUGUUGUCUGACUCCAAUGGUUUGAAACCCUUCGGCUUUUGGGGGGUGAAAGGGAACCUGGAGAAGAAACAUAGGCAAUGGGAAGCUAGCUGCCUGUGAAGCUGGGAACUGUCCUCACAGCGGCGUCGGACCCUCUGGGUGCAGGGUGCGAGCAGGAGCUCUGAGGAGAUGGAGGAGGAAUCAGUGGCGCCGAUGCUUUCCCUCGCUGCCCUGUCCAGCUCACGUAUCUGCUUUGCCAAAGUGUCCCGGACACACUCACUCACUGGGGCAGAUCUGGGGGAGAGGGAAGCGUGUCCCGGGCUUGUAGAGGGUUCUGCUUGGUUUGUUUUUCAGUUAACUUAAUGCAAACGUCCUCAUUCAGCUGGCGCAGUUAAUCCUUGCCCUGCUGCUCCUGUUGGGAAGGGGUCUUGCACUGGCUCCUCUCCCUUGGUGGCAGGCACAGGCAGGGAGCAGCCGUUUCGGGACACUUUGUCACCUGCCUCCUUAUUUAUUUGGCUGUCCGUGGCUCACUCUCGGCAUUCCCGGCUCUGCCACCCUCCUCCCGGCUCCUGCGGAUGGCUCUGGGAGGAGAGGCACCUUCAGCCCCCACUGCAGACACACGGAUGCUGUCUGUCUGUCCAGCCUGCAGGGACGGAGGGGAAAGGAUGCAACUCUUCAGUCUGCACCAGAGGCUGGUCCUGGCACACAUGGAGCUGCAGCGGAGAGGGCUGAGCUCUCCCAAAGUCCCCGGCCUGGGGCCAGUGGCCUGUGCCAUUCCCACCCGGAGCAGGGCUCUGCUGGUGAUAGCUGCAGUCCUGGAGGGAGGGCCUGCUCCGGCUGCCUUUCCCACUGCUUCCCUGUGCUGCAGCCUGGGAUGGAGCCGCCGCUCUCAUGUCUCAGCCUGGGCUGAAAUCCCUCUGUGCUGCGGGGGAGAGGAGACCAGAGGUGCAACAGCAGCUCCCUGGGAAACAAAAGCCAUGUUUACACCAGACAGCUUUUGGCUCACUGCACGUAGCGUGACCCUGCGGAGCAGCCGCGAGAGCCAGCCUGCUCCUGUCCGGCACCGGGCCGAGAAGCCAGCAGCCUCCCAAGGAUCCAGCUUCAGGUCAGGCCCAAAGAGCCAUUCUUCUUCCUGCUUGCAGGUUCGGAGGUGCCAGGAGCGGCCUGAAAACAGAAGCCAACGGCGAUCCCUUGGGGGGUGCCCACUCCUCCCCACAGCACUUCCACGCACGCAGUUGGCACCUCUCUUCCCAUGGCGGCAGAGCCGGGUGGCACCCGAGGGUGGCACCUACCACGGCCUUAUCCCUGCUGGGUGCUCCGUGCGCUGUCGGCAUCAACUGCCACCACCCUCCCUGCUCACACCGCUCCUGCGGGUGCUCAACCUGGGGUGAACCCCAUCCCCUUGGCCAAGGGGGGUGGAGACCCCCUGCACACCCCAUCCCCUCCCUGCCCCGGGUCCGCAGGAAGAAGCCACGUAAUGUACAUUUCCAGAGAAGUUUUGGGUGUAAAUCAGUGUAUACUUGGAGAGGGAAAAUUUUUCUAUCUUGUAGAGUAGGUAUUUUUAUAGAAUGAAGGUUGCUCAUUUUUUUAAUACUUUAAAGAAGAGAGAAAUGUAUCUGUGUAUACACUAAAGCAUAUAUAUAUAUAUAUAAAUAUAUAAAUAUGGGAGAUCUGCCUUUCUCCACUUGGGAUCUUGGAUCCCCAGUUCUCAAACAAUCGUCUUUUUUUUCCCUGUCUCUCACAAAGAGGUACUGUAACUGUAAAUAAGCACCGGGGAAAAGUUCUAAGCACUGACUUGCACAUUCACCAUGCUUUAAAAUCCUUAUGGAAAUAGAAACUAAAAACUGGACUUCCCAGAAAUGUUCCUCUUUUCCCCACCGGUAUGUGAAGGAAGUUCCCUAACCCCUCCUCCAAAAACAAAAGAGGCAAAACCAGUAUUGUCUUAAAUGAUGUAUCAAUUCUUGUCCGAUUAAAAGCUGUUACUAUUCCUGCCCAGA